CAGCACUCCUCGUGAGGAUCCGUGAGGAUUAGCAGCAAAGAAAAUGGAUGGAUGGAUGGAUGAAAUAUGAUGAGGCAGUUGAAGAGUUUUAGGGUUCCACAGACAUAGCGGCCCUCUGAGGCACCCAAAAAACCCAAGAAGAGGACAGGAGAGGGCGCCAAUUCCAACGUAUUUUCCAUGUUUGAGCAAGCUCAGAUUCAGGAAUUCAAGGAGGCGUUCACCAUCAUGGACCAGAACAGGGACGGCUUCAUCGACAAGAACGACCUGAGGGACACUUUUGCAGCUCUCGGACGUCUGAACGUGAAACAGGAAGAACUCGACGAGAUGCUCAAAGAAGCUCCUGGCCCGAUCAACUUUACCGUCUUUCUUACGAUGUUUGGGGAGAAACUGAAAGGUGCUGAUCCAGAAGAGACCAUCCUCAAUGCUUUCAAAGUGUUUGACCCAGAAGGCAAAGGCGUGCUGAGGAAGGACUAUGUGACACAGAUGCUGACAACACAAGCGGACCGGUUCACCCCCGAAGAGAUGGAGCAAAUGUUUGCUGCCUUCCCCCCUGACGUGGCGGGCAACCUCGACUACAAGAACCUGGUGCACAUCAUCACCCACGGAGAGGAGAAAGACCAGGAGUGAACGUGCCGAGAUAAAUGGACUGGUGAUUUGUUCGUGCCCUGGAGUUUCUGUGCUGCAAGAUCACACAGCAGGAUCAAGAUCAGAACCACCCCCAAGACAGACACAGGAAGGGUCUCUAACAUGCAUUCUGAGUUAGUGGAAUUCUUUUCUCAUUUGGGUUUUUGUUAUUGUUUUCAAUGAAAAUAUCCAUCCGGCUUGGGCUUGUUUGUCAAAUAAAAGUUUUCAGAGAAAUCAUUUCCGAUUCUGUUUCUUGAAAGUCGCAAACAGCUGCUCUCAGAAGAAUCUUACAGGAUUGUGUACAUUAAAAAAAAGUGUCAUUUGUUCA